GCUCAAGAAGAAACUCGCAAAAUACUACUGGAACUGGAAAACUGGAUAGCAACCUACCGUCUUUGGCCUAGAGAGUCAGCCAACCCAUACUGCAUCUUGACCCUGACAGUUGGUCUCUAUCUAAUCAUUCAAAACAUGGUUGUACAGGCAGUCAGGUGGCCACACUCAGAUUUCGACGAGAAAAUUGUCGGCAUGGAGAAUCUCACAUUUUGUCUCUGUGUGUUCCUCGAAUUCAUUGACGUCAACUCCCACAAACGCAACACAAAAAUGUUGAAACUCAUCCGUUCCGAGUAUAUUGGAUGCCAAAAAUUGGAUCAAUUCAAAUUUGGCGCCGGAAAGAUUGCAGGGGUGCCAACACCACAGCUACACAAAUCCAAAAUGGCGCUAGCAGAACAGAUGACAACGAACGCUCUUAACAACAUAACAACAAUCAAAAGAAGUGUUCUCUACUUCUAUCUAGGAUUCAUAUCUGUUGUUUUCAUUAAUUUGAUGCUAUACUUCAUAAAUAUACAAACUUUAGAGGAUCUGAGGCUACCUUUCAUACUGUAUAUACCAUAUCUAUCCAGCCUAACCUCAAAAGUAUUCAAAAGUUUGAUGAAAUACAUAAUUUGUCUCAUUUUCGAGGUGACCUACAUUGUGUCUACUCUAUACUGGACAAAUACCUCGUACAGGUUUCUUUUGCUGGCUUUCAAUCACGUGUUGACUGAACUGAAGUUGUUCAACAUUGAAAGUGAUGAGGAGGGGGAAGAGUGGGGAGAGGAAGAGGAAUUGGGAGAAGAAGUGGUCUAUGAGGAGGAUGUUCUGAGGCAGCAAAUGAGACUGAGACUUGUGCAUCAUCAAACCAUUGUUAGGGGAUUGACAUUUCUAGCCGAAUAUAUGCAAAUAAAAUGGUUCUAUUUGAAUGGAUAUACGACAAUGCAGUUAUGUAUUGCAAUUAUAUGUCUGUUGAAAGGAGAACCAAUUAUCAGAGUGAAAUAUUUUGCAAUACUACUGAUCAUCAUAGUAAUAACGUAUUUCUACUCAGAGCUGGGACAGCAUAUAGUUGAUGAGUGUGAAAAGAUGAGAACAAAUCUACUCUACUGUGAUUGGAUAGGCAAGCCUCUCUGGUACAAGAAAUCGUUAGCACUCAUUAUGACUCAGAACAAUAGACUGCCUGAAAUUAGGCUAUUCAACAUUUUCACCAUGAAUAGGAAUAAUUUGAGUGUUGUGGUUCAAGCGUCAUAUUCCUACUUCAAUCUGCUCAAAAACUUCUCAAAUUGAUUGGAAAUUGGACACAAUAUUUAUAGAAGAAUAGACAAUGAUUCAGAAAUAAUUGAAGAAUAUUGUAAAAGACACCAAAAGAGAAUUUGAUCAAGAAGUAAAAUCUUUUUAUUCCAAUAUUGAAUAAUU